AUGGCUAAGGUUGAAAAACAUCAAGACAUUUUUAAAAUGUCACUGCAAGAACUACCCCCAGAGCCGGUGGAAAUUGACGAUCCUCCUGAAGAUCCUUACAGGCCUAAAAAGUUUUUGGGUCUUCCGAUAUAUGCUAUAUCGCAUCGAUCGGUGAUAAUGGGUUUGAGAACGAUUCAAAAAUACUCUACUAUCCCUAUGGUUGCUUAUUUUCCGCUACAUGCCAUCAAUACUCUGGUUAUUCCAUCAAUUUCUACUGAUUCAGCACCUGAUGAUGUCCUUAUGAUGAUACGAGAAUUAUUACCUUCGUUCACAACUAAAUUACUUGUGGGCUCAUCCAUAGUUCAUUUGACUUGCGGUCUUAUUCUACGUGUUUGGAAAUUAUGGUCAACUUCCGCAUCCAGUUUCAAGAGACGUAGACGCCGUCGUCGCUCUCAUCGAAAAAAGGAAGUAUCAAUCCAUUUAGAAGAUACUAGAGAAAGAACGUCGCAAAGAGUCAUCGGAUUAACAGGCGGGCUUUCGGGGUACUUUGUAGGCUUCAAUAAGAGUUUCAAUAUUCCUCCUCAAGUUUUAACAGGUUAUAUACUGGUCCCAUUUUUAGCAUAUCAUUUGGCAAUUAUGAAGGUGAUUCCGAAUUCUUCAAGGAUAUUUGUGGAUAUUGAUUUCAACUUUGUAAAAUGGAUAUUUAAGCACGAAGAUUGGAGAAUUAGAAUCUUUGGAGGGUUCAUCCCAUUUUCAAUGUUAAUAUGGUCUGGUACAUAUCAUAUAAUUGCGGGAACCUGUCAAUAUUUAAGAAUUAAAGACAUUUCAAAGAGACGUAAAUGGUCAAAUUUCAUCACUUUCUUAGUAGGGUCAGGAAUAUUUGGGAUUUACAGGCUGAGUAAAAUACCAAAUAGCAUUUUAGGAUCUGACCGGUACGAAAAAAUCUUCAGAAGACUUUAUAUGCUGUAG